AUGUCUCGAAUCAAAGUCCUCAUCAGUGGUGCAGGCAUCGCUGGCAACGCUCUGGCUUUUUGGCUCUCAAAACUUGGUCAUGAUGUCACCGUCGUCGAGCGAUUUGCCAACCUGCGCACGAACGGUCUCCAGCUGGAUCUCCGAGGUCACGGUGUGCAAGUCCUGAAGGGUAUGGGCCUUGAGCAGGCAUUCCGAGCCAAGCAGGCGCCUGAGGAAGGCAUGCAAGUUGUCGAUGGCUCUGGGAGACGUCGGGCAUUCUUCCCUGCGAAUAGAACGGGCAAGGGUUUGCAGGCCUUUACGACAGACUACGAGAUCAUGAGGGGUGACCUGGUCCGACUCAUCCACGACGCCAGCAAGGAUCGAGUCAAGUACAUCUUCAGCAACUCAGUUAAGAGUAUCGAGAAUGGAUAUGAUUCGGUUCAAGUCCAUUUUGCAGAUGGCAAAGCGGAUCGAUACGACCUCCUGGUUGGCGCUGAUGGUCAGGGAUCACGCACUCGCAGAAUAGUGCUUGGAUCCAAGACCAAUGAUGGAUUUUACCCUCUAAAAGGCGACUUCGUGGGAUACUUCACAUCCCCACGGCCCAUAAAGGAGGGGGAAGGGUAUAUCGCCACAAUGUACAUUGCGCCCGGUAGACGGGGCAUCAUGACCCGGCGGCACCGUCCUGACGCCAUUCAGGUAUACCUUUCUUGUACGACAGACUCAAAGCGGCUCAACGAAGCACACCAGGGAGAUGUUCUAGAAGAAAAGGCGGCAUUGACAGAAAUCUUCCAAGGCGCUGGCUGGCAGACAGAGGAGCUGCUAGAGGCUCUACAGAAGUCUGAUGACUUUUACUGCCAGCGUAUGGGCCUUGUAAAGCUGGAGUCUUGGUUCCAGGAACGGGCAGUACUGGUAGGGGAUGCUGCCUACUGCCCGUCAGCAAACACUGGAAUGGGUACAACCUCAAGCAUCGUGGGAGCCUACGUCCUGGCCGGUGAGAUCGGGAGGCACGUCGGGGGCUCCAUGUCCAUGGGAGAAGACGUCAAAGCUGGUCUCACUGCGGCGCUGAAGGCUUAUCAGGACAAGUUUCAGCCCUUCAUGAGCCAGGUCCAAGAGGGAGUCCUUGAGGAUACUAAUGACUUUUGGAAACCAUCCUCCCCUUUCGGCAUUGAGCUGAUGAACUACGCUCUUGGGGCUGCAUCUCUCCUCAAGUUGGACUUGCUGAGCAAAUGGAUUCUCAGAGAAGAUAUUAAGGGGUGGGAUCUCCCAGAGUAUAAGGAAAUACUGCAAAAUUAG